AUCGUGAAAGAAAGCACGAAAAAAGAGCUGCAGAAACGCCCGAGGAACGAGAAACGCGUCUCACAAGCAUUCGCAAUCGUUACCAAAAACGUCGAAAACAAGAAACUGAAAGUGGUGAGAAUGAUGGUGAGAAUGAUAUGAAUAAUGAUAUGAAUGGUGCGAAUAAUCGAGUAAAUGAUGUGAUUGAUGAUGUGAAUGGAGUGAAUGAUGGUGUGAAUUAUGGUGUUAAUAAUGGUAUGAAUGAGGGUAUGAAUGAUGGUAUGAAUGAGGGUAUGAAUGAUGAUAUGAAUAAUGGUAUGAAUG